AUGUCGGACGACAUUUCGUCUACCUCAGUUGGCAUAUCAAAAAUACAUACCUUCCCUUCAACAGAAAGUUUUGCGGUUGCUGUUCAACAUGUCGAUAAUCUUGUGAAUGAUUUUGGUGACGUGCUCGCGGAGAAAGUUUCUGCUGUUGUUAUAAACUUUGAAUUACGUGACGAACAAUUGUUUGUGAACAAUGUGCCUGUCCCAUUAGGGAUUAAUUCCAUCCAAGUAAUUGAAGCAAAAGUUAUUCCGGAAACUCAAGAUAUUUUUAAAUACGAAAACAACUUUAAUAGUGGCCUCAUUACUGUCGAAGUUAGCACUGUUACUGAGUCUUUAUAUACCGAGGAGAAGGGUGGAUCCCUUCGUCGUCUCAAAAUUUCCAUCCGCAUAGUCGAAAUUGAUGGAACAAAAGUUAAUCAAGUUGAUGACAUCAGAAAAGCUUUCGAAUUCAGAAGUUUAGAAACUGCUAACGACAGUCAAGAUUCAGAAAUUGCUACUAUCUAUCUCAAAA